UUGCCACCAACAGGACGGGAUUCAAAAAAAUACCCAGAGCGAGCAGCCAACAUCACCUGCGGAGGGAAACAACGCAGGAUCUCCUUCUGUGGCUUCGGAAACAGAAAAACGCACGUCUGCGCGUCUUUAUCCGGACGCAUGUGUGGAGGGAGAUCCUGAAGUGUGUUGAAGAGGACAAACAAAAAAAGAGGCGCGCAGUUGUGUCCUUCUUGGGACCUGUUUUUGAAGCAACAACAAUGGACUGCGUUUCCACCGGGAACUCACUCGUGGAGCCGCGCUGCGCACACACAUGGGGAUUGUAGCGACGCUGUUUUGCGCCUUUAGUUGUUGAAGUGUGUUCGGUCGCCUGAAAGCCCGGGAUGCCCGCCAGGAACAGGUACAACCUGGUGGACGAUGUGGCGGACUCCAGGUUGCCGCUGCACAACGAGGAAGCCUAUCAACAUGGGAUAUAUUUCCAAGCCAAGUACGUGGGGAGUCUGGACGUGCCGAGGCCCAACAGUCGGAUGGAGAUCGUGGCGGCCAUGAGGAGAAUCAGGUAUGAAUUCAAGGCCAAGAACAUCAAGAAGAAGAAGGUCAGCAUCGUGGUGUCAGUGGACGGGGUCAAGGUGAUGCUGAGGAAGAAACAGAAAAGAAAAGAGUGGACGUGGGACGAGAGCAAAAUGCUGAUCAUGCACGAUCCGAUAUACAGGAUUUUCUACGUCUCUCAUGACUCCCAGGACUUAAAGAUCUUCAGCUACAUCGCAAGGGAUGGCUCCAGUAAUUCCUUCAGAUGUAAUGUCUUCAAAUCCAAGAAGAAG